AUGAUAUUGUGAUGGAAAGGAUGCUAAUACAUAUCAUCCUAGGAAGUAUAUUUGGUUUAACCAAAGGAAAUAGUCUGUUACCAGCUGGUCCUCUGAAUGCAGCUGUAGGAGGAAAUGUGCUGUUCAAAACAAAACUGGAUCCAACACCAUUGCAAUCAAUAAUAUGGGGAUUUGGCACAGUUGGUACAAUCAUCACUUCUACUUCUACCGAAGACACAAUUACACCAGGUUAUGAAGGCAGGCUCACUGUCAACACUUCUACUGGGUCUCUGGAGCUCAGGAAUGUGUCUACAGAUGACAGUGGAAUCUAUACUGUGACCAUUAUACCACAAACAGGACGGGUGCUAACCAGAACCACAACACUGAAUGUACAGGUUCCAGUCUCUAAUGUGAAAAUAACCACCAGCAGCACAGACUUAAUGGAGUUCAGCUCUGUCCGUCUGUCCUGCUCCUCCUCUGGAUCCUCCCUCUCUUUCCGCUGGUUUAACGACAGCUCUGAGGUUACAGCAGACAGAGUUCAGAUCACUGAUGGAGGAUCCACUAUGACUAUAGUCAGUGUGACCCGCUACGACCAGGGACCAUUCAAGUGUUUUGUGUCCAAUCUGGUCAGUGAUGGAACCAGUGAUCCAGUAACCUUCACCAUCAGCUAUGGCCCUGAAAAUGUCACUUUGAAGGUAUCUCCAUCACAAAAACACCAUCCAGAAGGUUCAGACGUCACUCUGUCCUGCUCAGCUGUUUCAGAACCUACAGCUGAGUUUACAUGGUUUUGUAAUGGAGUCCUUCAGUCUGGUACUGGACCAGAGUUCAGACUGAUGAACAUUCAGAUGAAUCACAGUGGAAGUUACAGCUGUCAGGCUUUUAACAGCAAAACCAUGAGAAAUGAAAUAUCUCAACCUUUAUUCAUUUCUGUUCUGAAGAAUAUAUCAGAUGUUUCUGUCACCUCCUCUACAGCCCUGCCAGUUGAAGGACAGUCACUCAACUUAACCUGUGAUGCUUCUGGAUCUGUGUUCACCAAAGAAUGGAUGAAAGACGGCUCAAACCUGAACUCUACUGACAACAUAAUGUUUUAUGACGACAUUACAGUGUUGUCCUUUAAGAAUCUGAAUAGAAAAGACAGUGGGAGAUACACCUGUAGAGUCAUCAGUCCCAUCAGCAGUGACAGUUUCACAUAUGUCAUCAAUGUUAACUAUGGACCAGAAAAUAUUAAAAUCGAUGGUCCAAAUAAAGUCUCUGUAGGAACACCUUUAACAUUAAGUUGCUCUUCUGAGUCCACACCGACUGCCACCUACACCUGGAAACACAACGGAACAGUUAUUCACCAUUCUUCAGAGUACACUAAAGACUCAGCUGAAUUUACAGACAGUGGAGAAUACAUCUGUGAAGCAACGAAUAGUGUCACUGAGAAGACAGAUUCCAACAUGCACAGACUGGAAGUAACAGAACCAGAAGGUCUUUCAGGUGGUGCCAUCGCUGGAAUCACAUGUGCAUGUCUCAUAGUAGCUGUUGCAGGAGCUGCAGCAGGGUACUACUUUUACAGAAAAAAAAAUGAAAAUCCUCGUCCAAAUAAUAUAAAUCUAAAAGAAAAAGAAGAACAUGUGUAUGAGAACACAUCAGCGAUAUAUGAGAACACAUGAUAAACUAGUGAUCUUUUCCUUUUAAAGAUGUUUUUAUCUACAGAGGAGGCAGUUCACUUCCAUGGAUUCCACCAUGUUUCUAAAACAGCUCAGAACAGACUUCCUCUUUUUAUUUUAUUUUGGCAACCAUCAUCAAACUGUGAAUGUGGACCAGCGUUAAUAUCCCCUUAAUUUAAGAGCUUCAAAUAGACAAAGCAAACACUGACUGAAGUGAAAUGAAAUACUUUCAUUUUCUGUUUUCAUCUGGCUGCAAUCUGUACCUUCACAAAUAAAAGUGCAUUUUAUAUUAGUUUUGUGUUGUUCUAUGUGCGCUGACAAUUAAAAUCUGCUCUUUCCCUUUGUACUGAUGAUAAUGAAAAACAAAAACCUUUACAUGCCAUAACCAGUGGAAA